CUAUGCAACAUUUUAUUUUGGCAUAAUUUUGACAUAAAAUUAUUUUUUCGACUCAUUCACGGAUAAAAAUUAACCAUAAGUUCAAUUCGCUGAAUAGAAGUUACAAAAUAUAAUGUCUAAGGAAAUCUCUACUGGAAAUUAUUAUAAACGCUCUGUUGAAACCAAUAAUGAAAAACCACAAUCUUGUAUGAAAAAGCAAUAUGUUCCAGCAUUACUGAAGCCAGCUCCGCACUGGAAAGGCAUAGCUGUAGUAAACUCGGAAUUCAAAGAAAUAUCACUAACCGACUACAGAGGAAAAUAUCUAGUAUUCUUCUUCUACCCGUAUGAUUUUACCUUCAUCUGCCCUACCGAAAUAAUUCAAUUCAGCGAUCGUAUUGACGAAUUUAGAAACAUAGAUUGCGAAGUUGUGGCUGCCUCAACCGAUUCUCAAUUUGCACAUUAUGCAUGGAUAACUACACCAAGAAAACAGGGUGGUUUAGGCGAAAUGAGAAUACCAUUAUUGGCUGACAAAAGUUUACAGAUUGCCAAAGAUUACGGCGUACUAAUCGACGAAACUGGAGUUCCCUUGAGAGGAUUAUUCAUCAUUGAUGAUAAACAAAAUCUUCGUCAAAUCACCGUUAAUGACUUACCAGUGACUAGAUGCGUUGAUGAAACUUUAAGACUAGUUCAAGCAUAUCAAUUUACAGACAAAUAUGGAGAUAUGUGUCCUGCUAGUUGGAGACCCAAACAACAGGCUAAAGAUCUCGAAACGAAUGAAUGCAAGGAUUUCUUUCGCCUUGUAUAAAAAUGAAUGUAUUAUAUUAAGAAGGCAUGUUGUAGAAUGAAAAAGUUAUUUUCGAAAUCAAACUUCUUUCAAACAAAAAAAAGAUUUAUCCAAAUCUGUAUUCUUGCACACUUACUUGUCGGAGUCGA